AUGCCACGACAACACUCCCACCCACAACCGCCAUUGCUCGCCCUCCCAGGCGAACUCCGCAACACAAUAGUAUCCCACCUACUCGUCCGCUCCCCGGGCACCACCCCACCUUGCAGCAUCUCAAAAAGCAGCAUGGCGCUCUCCUGGACGUGCCGCCAACUCUACACUGAAUUCAGCGCGCUCACGCGCUCCAGCUCCAUCUACACCAUCGCCUGGCACAGCGCGGCAGCGCUCGCCUCGCAAACCGCAGAACUCCUGACUCCAGCUCUCGCAGCUCAGAUGCACAAACUGCAGAUUCUUCUCCCGCUGCACUUGCAGAAUCUGUAUCUGGGCGCCGCUGCUGGCUCACGCGUGAAGCCGUUUGAGUUUGCGCAAGCGGGGCUGGGGAAUUUACGAGAGCUGUAUUUUCGGUUUCAAGCCGACGCUUGGAUUAAUCGUGAUGAUGACGGUGGGGAUGCUGCAACGCAGAGAAGGAGGAGGACGGGAGUCCCGAGUCCCGACACAGGAGCAGGUGGUCGCGCCCGCGAAUUCACCGCACACCUCCUCUGGCGCCUCGUGUGGGAGAAGAAUCUCACCCGCCUGACUAAAAUCUGUAUCGUACAUGAUGGCGCGCAGCCGCUCUUAUCGCUGCCCUUGCUCUACUCCAUGUUAGUCUCGCAUCGCGCGCUGCGCCUGUCGCGCAGAUGGGCCGUGCAAUCGGAUUUCAAGCAUGGCCGCUUGCUCUUGGUGGAGAAGGCGAGUGCUGCUGCUGCUGCUGCGCUGGGGGCGGACGGCAGCAGCAGCGAGAAUAGUAGUCGUGGUAGUGGUAGGGUGGUGGAAGUACGUGUUGGAUAUAGUUUUCGCGAGGCAGAGCAGUAUGUGGCUGUGUGUGGGGAGAUUCUCGAGGACAAACACGCCGACAUCCUCAUCGCCAGACGCCGCCAUUGCAAAUACAUGACCGCGCUAGACGAAAUGACGGACGAGCAAGUCAGACAGGAACUAGAGAACCUGUACACUCUGUUCCCGCUUGAUCCUGCCAGAUUCUUGGUGGAAGCCGAGCAUCCAGAGGCUUCGGCUACCCCACCUGGGCUGCUCAUCCUGAACCAGCCAAUAGCGCAUUUUACGGCUUUCUCACAUCUCUGGAAGCAUUCGGCCUAUCGUGUAUGCGCAGACGGCGGUGCAAACAGACUUUUUGACAUGUUCCAGGGAGACCUCGAAGAGCAGCGUGAGCGGUAUUUACCAGACAUAGUCCACGGAGACCUUGACUCGUUGCGCGAUGACGUGCGUGACUAUUACCAGAGUCAAGGUGUUUUGGUCUCACGAGACGGCGACCAGGACAGCACGGAUUUUGGAAAAUGUAUGCAGAAGCUCUCAGCACGCGUGUCGUCGUCCAGUGUGCGAGACGUCCUGGUCCUUGGUACAUUGGGUGGACGGGUAGACCAAGGGCUGGGACUGCUGCAUGAGAUGAUGCGAGAGGAGACCAAGCACCCCAAUCUCCGCCUGUGGCUAUUUUCGGAAUGCAGUCUGUCGCUUAUCUUGAGGGCCAGACAAACGGUUCUGACGGGGCUGCAGAAGAGCCGCGUCUUCACCGAGAACGUGGGACUGGUUCCAAUAUAUGGACCGGCCGUCAUCUCGACCCAGGGGCUGGAAUGGGAUGUCAAGCAAUGGGCCACGCACAUGGGCGGGCAGGUCAGCACGAGCAACCAUCAUGGCCGUGGCUGGGUGAUUGGAUAA